GGCUAUCUGUGCACUUCUCCUGGUAUCUCUGCAAUUGACAGUUUUGCCGAUGAUAGGUGUACGUUGUAUAAAACAAUGACAAAUUAUGACUUCGACUACAAUGAGAAGGCAAAAUUGAUGUGCCUAUUUACUGAGAUCGCCUCUAUAUCUAGGCCACUUGAUCAUUAUGGAUACUUUAUGAUUAGCCGAUUUUGGUGUCUUGAUCCUAGACGCCCUGGAUCAAACAACUGCCACGUUAAUUGUGCAGAUUUAGGGGAUCCUACUUUUCGCAAAGACGUUCGAUGUGCUUACAAAAUCUUGAUCAUCGAGGGAGUUACUGCUUGGGGAGGCUACGGACUCAAAUGUUUGGGAUCAGACUUGACCAAAUAUAUUCCUCAAUGCGUUUAAUGAAUGGAUUUCAAUGGUGAUUCUUUUCCUCUUUUCCUCUGGAAUAAAUUAUUGCAUAAUCAAUUUCAAGUGUAAUGUGUACCCUUUGAAAAUGAAAUC